AUUGAUGGACCCCUUUCUCCUUUCAGAUGAGGAUUCUGGAAACGUAGGUCGAUCUUUGAGCUCCAAUUCCAGACAUGCAGAAAUGAGGGAUGAUCAGUCUGAUAAUGGAAAAAGUACUAAGGACCCAUUACCUGAGGGAGGUAGAGAUUUCACGGUGCAGGGCCAAAGGAAGGACCUAAAUACAAUAUUUCUUAAACUGCGAAUAACUGAUUCAACAGGUCAUAUUAGGAACAUUCACUUCCCCUUUGAUAUUCAAGUUGAUACGGCAAAUGCCGUUGCUAGUGAAAUGGUCGAAGAGCUGGACCUGACAGAUCAGGAUGUUUCAGCAAUAGCAGCAAUGAUUGAUUCUGAAAUUCGGUCAUAUAUCCCAGAUUGGGCACCGAGAGAAUGCUCUAACAAUGACAUAACUGAUGAAGUUGCUCCCGAUAGCUGUACUUCUGGAGCCCGAGAUGAUGUUCCCCCCUUAACUAUUGAUUCUGCUCAUUCGGGCAGUCUUGUGUUGGAAAGACUUCCUUCAGGUCGGAAGUACUGGUCUGAUUCACCGAAAACAGCCAGUAGUGCAAGCUCUCCGCUCAGACAGGGGCCUUCAAACAUGUCACAGACCGAUUCACCAAUUCGUGAAGGUAGCUGGACCGAAGAAAAUGAACAAUCACCUGUUGUCCUGAGAGACGGAGGUAGUUCACAUUUUGCUGCUGCCUUACUCGAAGAUUAUGAAACGGAGACUUACAUGGAUGAUGAGGCCGGUGUUCUACAUGAUUCUUACCUUGAUGAUAAUGAUCAUUCUGCGGAUUUUAGUUAUGCAAGCGGGCCUAAUUCAUCCGAGGAAAGAAAUAACAUGAUCAGCAACAACUACCCAGCUGAUGUCAGACAAAUUGUCAAUAAACUCGAGGAGCUGCUAGGUCAGCAGCAAAAGGAGCUAAAUGAUCUCAGGAAGAAACAUGACUCGGCUAUAUCAGAUAUUCUAAGCAAGCUUCCUCCUGAGAUCCGUGGCAUUUAUGGUUGCAAAAUAUCUUCCCAUAAUUUGUAGUGCGGAUGAGGCUGCUAUUCUAUGGAUCCUGAAGACUGAAGUUUCUCUGUGAAGAUGUUACUGUGCGGCCUUUUGCCACUCAACUGCAGAUAGUUCUUGGAUUGCACCAAUUAUGCGACUACCCUGUUUCAAGAUAUUCCAGAAUGCUGAAAGAUUAAUGUUGCUGACAUUGGUCACAUGCAGAUCAAAAGCUAGAGGGAAAAGCAUGGACCUAUCGUUAGAUACAGAUUCACUUCUGUCAAAGUUACCAUCAUUUCAGGGUCAGGAAUUACAGUACUACAGGUUUCUCAUUACACGCAUAUUGUGCGUUCAUGUUGCUGCUAAAAAUGAGUCAUGGCAUGUAUACUUGUACAUAUUUACAUGAGUAUUUAACUAUUGGAAAUGUUAAUUGGUUGAAAUAAUGCCAGUUAAUAUAUAACUUCUGUAAACAAGUAAGUAAUAUUAUGUGAAUGAUUCUACUGUUUGCUGUUUUCUUUAAUUUUA